GAAUCCAGGCCCUGUAUUUUAGCCCUAGUUCACCAUCGAGUUCGGUAUGCGAUUUUGUCGUCAUUUCAUUUCACGGUGGAGCAAUCUCGGCCGUGGAUUCCAUGACGAUUUCGACUAUCACUUCCACCGAGCUCAUCUUCCUCGUCUUCCGUUACCUCCAGGAAUCAGGUCGCCGUCUCUUGUCCUCGAUCUCCGUCGUAUUACUCUCCCGUUCCUCUCGAAUCGGAUACACUAUCUUCUCUAUCAGGCGAUUAGGUUUGACUCAUGCAUCAUUUGUUUUGGGAUAUGAAGCUGGCAUUCACAAUUUUGCCAUUGAUGGAAAUCUAGUUCCACCAGAUGCUCUUGUCACCCUAGUACAAAAAGGUCUGCGGUAUGUUAAAAUGGAAGCUAACUUAGAUAAUAAUGAUGUAGAUUCUGAAGAUGACUUUUCCUUUUUGCAACCUUUGGAUCUCAUCACAAAGAGUGUAGAUGAACUACAAAUAAUGGUAAAAGCUAAGCGAGAAGAAAAGAUUCAGAAGGAAUCUGAUAGAAUUAAAGAUAAUGUGCAUGCUCGAGAACAAGAACAAUUUAAAGGUGAGACACCAGGAGGAAGGCAAAAGAAAGAUGGAGAUCAAGAAGACGAUAAAGAUAAGAUGGAUGUGGAUGAUGACCAAGGGAAGGUUAAGGAAAGGGUGAUGAAAAUGGAAAAGCGACAUUCCCAAUCCAAAGUAAAGAGUAAACUUGGAAAGCAUAAAGUUUCUAGGGGGCCAAAACAAAUGGACAACACACCUAGUUCUCAAUCUUUAGCUUGUGAGAUCUCGUCUUCUGAAGUGACCAUCUUGGAAGGACAUGGUUCUGAGAUAUUUGCUUGUGCAUGGAGCCCAGCUGGCUCACUUCUUGCCUCCGGGUCUGGUGAUUCAACUGCAAGGAUUUGGAAAGUUCCAGAUGGUCCAUCCUGCAAAGAUGUGCAAAUUUUACCUUCAAAUGUUCAUAUCCUUAAACAUUUCAAGGGUAGAGCAAAUGAGAAGUGCAAAGAUGUCACUACCCUAGACUGGAAUGAUGGUGGUUCUUUACUUGCUACUGGUUGCUACGAUGGACAAGCAAGAGUAUGGAGCCCAGAUGGAGAACUGAGAAGCACAUUAGCGAAACAUGAAGGAGCCAUUUUCUCACUAAAAUGGAACAAGAAGGGUGAUUUCCUCCUAAGUGGCAGUGUUGACAAAACUACUAUUGUGUGGGAUACAAACACUUGGGAAUGCAAACAACAAUUUAAAUUUCAUUCAGCGCCAAUAUUUGACAUUGAUUGGAAAAACAAUUGUACUUUUGCCUCAUGCUCUGCCGACAACAUGAUCUAUGUUUGCAAGGUUGGUGAGACUUGCCCGUUGAAGGCUUUUUCUGGGCACAAGGCCGAAGUUAAUGCUGCUAAAUGGGAUCCAACUCAGACCCUAUUGGCUUCAUGCUCUGAUGAUGGGACUGCAAAGAUAUGGAGUCUGAAGGAGGAUAAAUAUUUGCAUGAUUUCAGAGAUCAUAGCAAGGAAAUAUACACAAUUAGAUGGAGGCCAAUUGGUCCGUGCACAAAUACUUCAAAUCAAGUUCUCGCUACUGCGUCUUAUGACUCUACGAUUAAAUUGUGGGACAUCGAGCAUGGACACCUUCUUUGCAGCUUGAAUGGUCACAAGGACGCUGUAUAUUCUAUAGCAUUUAGUCCAAAUGGUGAAUACUUGGCGAGCGGAGCGUUGGAUCGGUCGCUGCACAUAUGGUCCAUAAAAGAAGGGAGGUUAGUGAAGACUUACCAGGGGCCAGGCGGCAUCUUUGAGGUAUGCUGGAACAGGGAAGGUGACAAGGUAGCGGCGUGUUUCUCCGACAAGAUGCUUUUCCUCAACAAUAUCAUCACUGUCAUGGACUUCCGGAUGUAGAAUGUAUAGUCAAUUGUGAAGGUUGCGAUAAUUAGAAGUUUGUAAAUCUGAUAGGGCAGAGGUUGACCAAACCUUACUGAACCGGGUUCGAGUUACUAGGCAGAGAUUUUUUUAAUCUGCUAGGUCACAACCGAGCAACUUUGUGAGACUCGGGGUCAUCAGUUUGUAGCAAAGGUUUUUUGUUUUUUUAAAUUUUUUCUCUUCCUUUUUAUCAGUAUAUAUUUGUAAGUGCAACUUACAAAUAAUAUGACGUGUAAAAUGAUAGGAAUUCUCAAACUAAGGCUAUUUAAAUUAUAACGAAACACAAAUCGAGUUUAAAUU